CGCAAUCCAGACAUGUUUUGCCAUCUUAUGCGAGUCUGCAUCAGUCCGUCAUCGGUCUGGACGUGUUAUUUUCCACAAACCCGAAACAACCUGGGGGAGCUUUGCGAGCGUUCGGACCGCCGUCAUGCCCACGUCAGGCUCCGUGGUGGUAUGCAAAUCUUUGUGAAGACCCUCACUAACAAGACCAUCACCCUCGAGGUGGAGUCUUCCGACAUGAUCGACAAUGUCAAAGCGAAGAUCCAGGACAAGGAGGGCAUCCCCCCAGACCAACAGAGGUUGAUCAUUGCCGGAAAGCAACUUGAGGAUGGGUGCACUCUUGCUGAUUACAACAUCCAAAAGGAAUCAACCUUGCACAUGGUUCUCCGUCUCCGUGGUGGCAUACAAAUCUUUGUCAAGACCUUGACCGACAAGACAAUUACCCUAGAGGUCGAGUCUUCUGACACAAUCGACAAUGUGAAGGCCAAGAUCCAGGAUAAGGGCAUCCCACCGGACCAGCAACGUCUGAUCUUUCCAGGCAAGCAACUUGAGAACGGACGCCCCUUGCUGAUUACAAUAUCCAGACGGAAUCCACCUUGCACCUAGUUCUCCGCCUCCGUGGUGGCAUGCAUAUUUUGACAAUGAUUUUCAUUUAUUGAAUGCUUAUAAAAUUAGUAUACAAACAUAUAAAAUAAAAUUGUUUAGUAAGACA